AUGGUAGACAAAACUUUGAUGCAGCGCAAGAUCAAAAAGGUCAACCGGAUCAUGGGAGAAAUUGAGGAAGAUCAAGGAACCAACAACAAGCUCUACCGUGCCUACCAACGCAAGAUUGAUCGAUACAAUGAUUUGUUGGAUGAUAUGUCAGAAGAGGAUUCUGUCCUGCAUGGGAGUUCGGACGAAGCCUCUAUACUGAGCCCCGCUCAAUCUCAAGAUAUCCAUGAUUCGGAUGCUGAAUCAGACGAGAAAAGCCAUGAUUCUGAGAGUGAAGACGAGCAUAGUGAGGCUGAUCCCGAGGCUGAGGCUGAGGAAGAAGAAGAAGAAGCACCCAAGAAAAAGAAGAAGAAAAAGAAGAAGCCAGCCGCUGAUGGAGAGGAAGCACCCAAGAAGAAGAAAAAGAAAAAGAAGCCCGUUGAUGGAGAGGAGGUUGUCAAGAAAAAGAAGAAGAAAAAGAAGCCAAAGGAAGACGAAUAA